AUUUCCGUACGACCCAUUUACAAGUAGCGGUUUUAUGUCAUUAUCUCGAAAUAUCUGGUCAGUUAUCGUAGACUCCUACAUAUAAAACAUUCAGAGUUUUAGUUAUUCGUUUAGUUAUUAUAUAAAUAUAUAUAUUUUAAGUUAUUCAUUUUGUGUUUAAGUAGACUCUCUUAGGUUUAACAGUAAUUGUUUGAAGACAGCGAGUCUGAUCCACAUGAGCGUCUGCUACAGUGCUGCAGAUCUUCACGUUCACGGAAUCGAUACUUGAACAAUCAUAAACAUUUGGACUAGCAAUACAGGUGUUAAGGAUGGAGCUGCAAGCGGUGCUGAUGGCAGCAGGUGGAGGCUCCAGGAUGAUGGAUCUCACCUAUAACACCCCCAAACCUUUGCUUCCUGUGGGCAACAAACCCCUCAUCUGGUACCCCCUCAACCUGCUGGAGAGAGUGGGCUUUGAAGAGGUGAUUGUCAUAACCACUAAAGAGGUUCAGAAGGCCUUGAGCACAGAUCAGCGCAUGAAGACCGAUGUGAAGAUGAGGUUGGAUGUUGUAUGUAUUCAGGAGGAUGCUGACAUGGGCACUGCAGAUGCCCUUCGACACAUACAGCAAAAGAUCAAGACGGACAUCUUGGUGGUGAGCUGUGAUUUGAUAACAGAUGUGGCUCUGCAUGAAGUUGUGGACCUCUUUCGUGCACACAACGCCACCCUGUCGAUGCUCAUGAGCAAAGUGCAUGAAUUCACAGAGACUGUCCCUGGCCAAAAGGGCAAGAAGAAAGCAGGAGAGCAGCGGGACUUUGUAGGCGUGGACGUCACGGGAAAGAGGCUUCUGUUCAUGGCCAAUGAGGCAGACCUGGAUGAAGGCCUUGUUCUCCGGAAGUCCAUCAUGCGCAAACAUCCCAGAAUGCUCAUCAAGACCGGCCUGCUGGAUGCCCACCUGUACUGCCUGAAGAGAUCUGUGGUUGAUUUCUUAGUACACAACAAGUCUGUCACCUCAAUCAGAGGGGAACUAGUGCCGUAUUUGGUGCGUAAGCAAUUCUCCAAGUCUUUAAACUCCAAAACUGCAACGGAGGAUACAGAGAGGAAUCAAAAACAACAGGAUGCUGACCACAAUUUGGAGCUCCUCAGCACUAGUAAAGAUGAGGCGCUGGUCCAGCUCGCCCGAGAGAGGUCAUGUUGGAACGAUCAUCGUGGAGACAUGAGUGAGGCCUACCAUGGCGGAAAGCUACGCUGCUAUGUCCACAUCAUGGAGGAGGGCAUGUGUUAUCGUGUGAACACGCUCGCGGCUUAUAUAGAGGCCAAUCGUGUGGUUCCAAAGCUGUUUGAGGAGCCUCCAAUCCAUCCGACUGCUGCGAUCUCAGAACGCUCCUUGGUUGGAAGUGACAGCAUUAUUGGGCCAUUUUGUCAGAUAUCAGACAAGACAUCCAUCAAGCGUUCAAAUGUUGGCACAUCAUCUAUAAUCAAGGAGAAGGUGAAGAUCACCAACUCCAUCAUCAUGAAUGGAGUCACUAUUGAAGAAGGGUGUAACAUUCAAGGUAGCGUGAUCUGCAACAAUGCAGUGAUUGGACGUGGAGCCGACAUGAAGUACUGUCUUGUGGGGAGCGGCCAGCGCAUAGAGCCAGAGGCUGAAAGAACCAAUGAGGUCAUCGUUGGAUCAGACCAACUCAUGGAGAUCUAGAACUUUGGUGGAGAUGGAACACAGAGCCGAAGAUGCUCAGAUCAACCUGCUUCCAUGUGCAUAACCCCUACACAGGAUCCAUUUUUUAUGUGUCCAAAUAAAAAUGGAUUUAUUUAUCUCAAGA